CCAAGCCCACACCGAUCGCUUACUUUAUCAGCUGUAAGUUUUGAUUUAGAAGAAUCCAAUUACAGAAAGAGAGAAAGAAACUUGGAAGCUUAAGAAAAUCAAAAUUCAAAAGCAAUGGCUGAUCCUAGUGCCCAACCAUCUUCUUCUUCAAACCCGAAAAGUGAUAAGAAAGAUUUUUCCACCGCAAUCCUGGAGCGCAAGAAGUCUCCCAACCGUCUUGUUGUUGAUGAAGCUGUCAAUGAUGACAAUUCUGUGAUUUCCAUGCACCCUACGACCAUGGAAAAGCUUCAGUUUUUUCGAGGAGACACUGUUUUGAUUAAGGGAAAGAAAAGAAAAGACACUGUUUGCAUUGUUCUUGCUGAUGAACAAUGUGAAGAACCAAAAGUGAGAAUGAACAAAGUUGUACGUUCUAAUCUUAGAGUUCGCCUUGGAGAUGUCGUAUCUGUUCAUCAGUGCCCUGAUGUGAAAUAUGGGAGACGGGUUCAUAUCCUUCCCAUUGAUGAUACAAUUGAGGGUGUAACUGGCAACUUAUUUGAUGCAUAUUUAAAGCCAUACUUCUUGGAAUCUUACCGGCCUGUGAGAAAGGGUGACUUUUUCCUGGUCAGGGGCGGAAUGCGAAGUGUUGAGUUUAAAGUAAUUGAGGCGGACCCUGGGGAGUACUGUGUUGUUGCACCAGAUACUGAAAUCUUCUGUGAAGGGGAACCCAUCAAACGUGAGGAUGAGGAGAGGUUAAAUGAAAUAGGCUAUGAUGAUGUCGGCGGUGUUAGGAAGCAAAUGGCUCAAAUUCGUGAGCUUGUAGAACUUCCUCUCAGACACCCUCAGCUCUUCAAAUCAAUUGGUGUGAAACCCCCAAAGGGAAUCUUGCUUUACGGGCCACCUGGUUCUGGAAAAACCUUGAUUGCAAGAGCUGUUGCUAAUGAGACAGGUGCUUUCUUCUUUUUGAUUAAUGGACCUGAAAUAAUGUCAAAGUUGGCUGGUGAGAGUGAAAGCAACUUGAGGAAGGCAUUUGAAGAAGCAGAAAAGAAUGCCCCAGCGAUCAUAUUUAUUGAUGAAUUAGAUUCCAUAGCUCCAAAGAGGGAAAAGACACAUGGUGAAGUGGAGAGGCGUAUAGUGUCCCAGCUUCUAACUCUAAUGGAUGGCCUUAAGUCCCGGGUUCAUGUGAUUGUUAUGGGAGCCACAAAUAGGCCAAAUAGCAUUGAUCCUGCUUUGAGGAGAUUUGGGAGAUUUGAUCGAGAGAUUGACAUAGGUGUUCCUGAUGAAGUUGGAAGAUUGGAAGUUCUCCGAAUCCACACAAGAAACAUGAAGCUUGCUGAAGAUGUUGAUCUUGAAAGAGUUGCAAGAGAUACCCAUGGUUAUGUGGGAGCAGAUCUUGCUGCUCUCUGUACUGAAUCGGCCCUUCAGUGUAUCCGGGAGAAAAUGGAUGUCAUUGACUUAGAGGAUGAGACAAUUGAUGCUGAGGUGUUGAAUUCAAUGGCUGUAACUAACGAACACUUCCUAACUGCAUUGGGGAUCUCAAACCCAUCAGCCUUGCGUGAAACUGUUGUGGAGGUUCCUAAUGUCUCAUGGGAGGAUAUUGGUGGGUUGGAAAAUGUUAAGAGAGAGCUUCAAGAGACUGUACAAUAUCCAGUGGAGCAUCCUGAGAAAUUUGAGAAAUUUGGCAUGUCACCUUCUAAGGGUGUUCUCUUCUAUGGACCUCCUGGCUGUGGUAAAACCCUUCUUGCAAAAGCUAUUGCCAAUGAGUGUCAGGCUAACUUCAUAAGUGUCAAAGGACCUGAGUUGCUAACAAUGUGGUUUGGAGAAAGUGAAGCAAAUGUACGGGAGAUUUUUGACAAAGCGCGGCAGUCAGCUCCAUGUGUACUAUUCUUUGAUGAACUCGAUUCUAUUGCUACGCAGCGUGGAAGUUCUGUUGGAGAUGCUGGUGGUGCUGCUGAUAGAGUCUUGAAUCAACUACUGACUGAAAUGGAUGGGAUGACAGCGAAAAAAACAGUUUUCAUCAUAGGUGCUACCAACAGGCCAGACAUUAUUGACCCAGCAUUGCUCAGGCCUGGACGUCUGGACCAAUUAAUUUAUAUUCCUCUGCCAGAUGAGGCUUCCCGUCUUCAGAUAUUUAAAGCAUGUUUGCGAAAGUCGCCUGUCUCUCGUGAUGUUGACUUAGUAGCUCUUGCACGUUAUACCCAUGGUUUUAGUGGUGCAGAUAUUACUGAAAUAUGUCAGCGUGCCUGCAAAUAUGCUAUAAGAGAAAAUAUUGAGAAGGAUAUUGAGAGGGAGAGGAGGAAGAGUGAGAAUCCUGAGGCCAUGGAAGAAGAUGAUAUUGAUGAUGUCCCUGAGAUUAAAGCGGCACACUUUGAGGAGUCAAUGAAGUAUGCACGCCGGAGUGUCAGUGAUGCAGACAUCCGGAAGUAUCAGCUCUUUGCACAGACUUUACAGCAAUCUCGUGGAAUUGGAUCCGAGUUCCGGUUUCCCGAUCGAACAGCGAAUGCUGCCACAGGUGCUUCAGACACAUUCUCUACAGUUACUGCUGCUGCAGAUGAUGAUGAUCUUUAUAACUGAACUAACACCCUUGUGACAUCAAGAUACUGCAGCAUAUAGAAGUAGGGCAGAAGAUAGAUAUACUGCCAUGAGAACACAUGUUUAUUUUGCUUAGUAAUUUUCGGAUCUGGUGCUUUAUUUUCCAUUUUAUCGUCAUUUAAGUAGUUUCUCAUAUAAGAUCCAGUGUGGAUAGAUAUGGAAUCGAGUUUUGAUGUGUGAGGAAGGCUUUAACAUCGUUGUAUAAUAUCUAUACAUAUAGACAUAUUUAUAUAUAUGAUUUUGGACUUGGUA